UAUUACUACUACUACAUCUCUCUUCCUUAAUUAAUUCUCAUUAAAGAGAAAUUUCUCUUAGUUUAACUUGUCUUUUUGGCACAAAAUGGGAUCAGGAAGUUCUCCUUGUGCUUCCUGCAAAUUAUUAAGGCGUCGCUGUACCAAGGACUGCAUCUUUGCUCCUUACUUUCCUCCUGAUGAUCCCCACAAGUUUGCCAUUGUUCACAAGGUGUUUGGUGCUAGUAAUGUUAGCAAGAUGUUGCAGGAACUUCCAGUACAACAGAGAGGAGAUGCAGUAAGCAGUUUGGUAUAUGAAGCAAAUGCAAGAGUGAGAGACCCAGUUUAUGGAUGUGUAGGUGCAAUCUCCUUGUUACAGAAUCAAGUAUCUCAAUUACAAAUGCAGUUGGCUGUAGCUCAAGCAGAGAUAUUAUGCAUCCAGAUGCAGCAAGAGCCUGUUCCCAGCUUGCCAACAACGUGUCUAAUGGAACCUCAUGUCGAGAAAUCAUCACCAUUUUCAACAAGUAACGCUACUAAUUACAACUUCAAUAAUAAUCUGCAAUCUUACCUCAGCUUUACGUCCUCUAGCACUAGUCAUGUAAUGCAAGACCCUGUAAAGAGAGAGUCUCUCUGGACAUAAAAACUAGGCAGCUCUUGUUUAAUUUGGUCAUCUUGUUUUGUAGCUGGCUAGAUGUUUUGGACUUCUUAAGUAAUGAAAUGCUAGCAUUUCGACUGUUUCUACGGUUGAA